AGAAGCGUGAUGUCUGGAAGAGGUAAAGGAGGCAAAGGCCUGGGAAAAGGCGGAGCGAAGCGGCACCGCAAAGUGCUCCGUGAUAACAUCCAGGGCAUCACGAAACCAGCCAUCCGGCGCCUGGCUCGCCGUGGCGGGGUCAAACGCAUAUCGGGCUUGAUCUACGAGGAGACCCGCGGGGUGCUGAAGGUUUUCCUGGAGAAUGUGAUCAGGGAUGCGGUCACCUACACUGAGCACGCCAAGCGCAAGACGGUCACCGCCAUGGAUGUGGUGUACGCUCUGAAACGCCAGGGCCGCACUCUCUAUGGAUUCGGCGGCUGAGGGCAAAGCGACCCAUUUUCAGCGAACCCAAAGGCUCUUUUCAGAGCCACCCAAACCCUCCGAAAGAGAGCGGAGACCUGAGGUCGUGAGAGGCAGCGCAUACUGAAGGAACUGUUAUUGUAGCAGGCUAUUUCACAUUUAUCGCGACUUUUAAAAUUAUUUCGGUUUCGAAAAUGUACCAAUAUCGUGUUUUGCGGUACGGCAGAGAGCAUUCGUAGUGCACUGUUAACUUUGUUGCUGUUUACAGUGGCGAAUGAUUUUAAAAUUGUAAGUAUACCCGCAGUGUGGAUAAAAGGUUAUUCGGCCAGUCGAAAGUCCUUUUGUGCAAGCUGGUUAUUCCAUG